UCUCGACGUACUCGGACGACGAUUACGACGUGUCCAUCAAAUUCAACGACAUCAUCACUAUGUCGCACUUUUGGCAGUACUUUCACAGCGUGUUGUGCGACAAAUUGUAUGAAAUUCCCACAGGCGUCGAAAAGGAAAACGGUACCGAGUUACUGUACGAAAACAAAUUUCUGUUCAGACCCAGAGUGAGACAGGUCAGGGUCGAAGAAGGACACUGUGCAAUCAGAAACCAAUUCAAAGGAUUGUUCCAGGACUGCUAUGUACCAUACGACAUUAAAUAUGAAGACAAAACGAGUUUUGGACCAAAAAAAGGAACACAAUGGGUUUAUUCUGACGGCUCGAAGACUCAAGGCGUGUUCUACCAAGGCGAAAUUGCGUCCUACGGAACCGGCGGGUUUUAUUUCGAUUUUCCAAAAAACAAAAUUGAUGCGAAAACGAUAAUCAGUGACCUCGAACACGACACGUGGUUGAAUCGCGGCACCAGAGUCGUUUUCGUGGAUUUCGCUAUUUACAACUGCAACAUAAACGUGGUUUGUGCUGUCAAACUAGUGUUUGAAUUUCCGGCGUCCGGCGGUAUCGUUUCAUCGUCUUCAUUUCGGACCGUCAAACUUUACAGAUACGCUGUGGCCGAUUCGGUGUCGACGUUGAUCGGCAUGCUUGCCGUCGUCGGGUUCAUCGUUUAUUUCACGGUGGAAGAAAUAUUUGAAAUUAUGUACUUUAGAAUGGAUUAUGCCUCUAUAUUCUGGAACUACGUCGAUUUCAGCAUCGUGGCCUUAGGAUGGUGGGCCAUCGAAGUGGCGUCGAUGAUCAUAUACAAGGAGAGGUCUUCAUCGGGCAGCAGUCCGGAGAACGCGAUCGCGAAAACCGUAAGAAAUCGUAUGUCAGUAGAAUACCUGAUAGCAAGGCAUGAAAUCCUUGUACAACUGACAGCUUAUUUGUUCUUCCUUGUGUGUGUUAAAGUCAUUAAGUACACUGACCUGAACAGGUCGAUGACCAUCGUAUACUUAAGCGUGGGCAGGUGCCUCAAAAUCGUCGCGGGAUACCUGGUGAUGAUGGUUUUUGUUGUGAGCUCAUUCGCAACUCUCGGUUAUUUUGCAUAUGGAUCACAGGUAAAAGGAUUCUCGACCAUGUAUGAUUCUGUUCUUUCGUCGCUCAGAAUACUGAUGAGAGACUUCGACUACCAGACACUCCAAGACGCAGAUGCUUGGUUCACCACAUUUUUCUUCGUAUUUUUCACGUGUGUGGUGGUAUUCGUUCUCUUGACGAUGCUUGUGGCGAUCGUGUUUCACGCGUAUUUCGACGUGGACGUCGAACAGUCAUUGGAAGGCCGACAACUGUACGUGAGUGACAAGAUAUCGGCGUUCGUAGACCGCGUGCUCGCCAAGAUAGGUUUCGAUAAAUGGGCGGCACAACGUCGCUUUGACCGGCUGAAAGACGAACUGGAUCGCCGUAUUACCUAUCAGAACGUUUACAAGACACUGAAACGCUGUGGUUUUACGGACUCUGAAGUAGAAAAUACUCUCACUAGAUACGGGAUCGAACCACAAAAGACAGUACACGAAGACGAAGCUAGACAGAUGUUCCGGGACGUAUUGAAAAACGUACCAGAAUCAAAUAAUAAAGAUCCCGAAGAUAAGACUUUUGAUGAAUCAGAUACCAAAUGGUUGAUCAAGAGAGUAGAUCUACUUGAAAAUGCAUUAGACGACGUUCAUAAGAAAUGCGAUAUUGUCAUAGCACGUCUCGAUGCAAUACGAAUUCAAUUACCAUCCAAUUAUGCAGAACAAAAUCUGAGAGAUAACCCUUCUUAAAUUUGCAAUUAUUAUAAGAACUUUUUCUUUGCAAUAAAUGUUAGCAUACUGUUUCCUUAAAAUACCUACUUUAUUGUAACAAAAAAAGUCUAAGAAACGUUAAUAAUUAAAUCAAUUAUUAUGUAUUUGUACGGUUCAGGGCUUAUCAAUGUCAACUAACGAAUCGUGCAAUUUUUUUCGAAAUUACAUAAAAUUAUCCCGCAUUGACUUGUCAACUAAUAAACCAAUUAAAACAAAUUACACAAACAAACAUCAAUAAACGUACUUCUAUACAUAUAAACAAUAAUCAGUUUUAAAAUUAAAAAUUAAAAUCAGUAUUUAAAUUCUCGUCAUAUUAUAUUUG